AUGGAACAAGACACCCCCAUGAGCAGCGAGCAGUACAUGGAAAAUGCUGUGCGCGCCGUCAGCCAGAAGCGGCCCGUCCCUGAGAUCGACUUCACCCUCCACACCAUGGAAGACGGCUCCCAAGUGAGCACCCUGGAGCGCGUCUGCAAAGACGUACAGGCCCCCGCCUUCCACCCGCCCACCCAGGAGCAGUUCCUGUCUCCCAAUGACCCCGAGAAGCCCAACCUCCAAUUCCUCAAGCAGCACUUUUACCGCGAAGGUCGCCUGACCGAGGAGCAAGCGCUAUGGAUCAUCAAGAAGGGCACGGAGAUUCUGAGGUCGGAGCCGAACCUGCUGGAGAUGGACGCCCCCAUCACCGUCUGCGGUGACGUCCACGGCCAAUACUACGAUCUGAUGAAGUUGUUCGAGGUCGGCGGCGAUCCUGCCGAGACUCGCUACCUGUUCCUCGGUGACUACGUCGACCGCGGUUAUUUCAGCAUCGAGUGCGUCCUGUACCUCUGGUCGCUUAAGAUUUGGUAUCCCAACACGCUGUGGCUGCUCCGAGGCAACCACGAGUGCAGGCAUUUGACCGACUACUUCACCUUCAAGCUGGAAUGCAAGCACAAAUACUCCGAGGCUAUCUACGAGGCAUGCAUGGAGUCGUUCUGCGCUUUGCCGCUGGCGGCAGUCAUGAACAAGCAGUUCCUGUGCAUUCACGGUGGCCUGAGCCCCGAAUUGCACACCCUGGAGGACUUGAAGAGCAUUGACCGUUUCCGGGAGCCGCCCACUCACGGUCUGAUGUGCGAUAUCCUCUGGGCAGACCCGCUUGAGGAGUUUGGACAGGAAAAGACCUCGGAGUUUUUCGUUCACAACCACGUCCGUGGUUGUUCCUACUUCUUCUCUUACCCCGCCGCCUGCGCGUUCCUGGAGAAGAACAACCUGCUCUCCAUCAUCCGUGCGCACGAGGCGCAAGAUGCCGGUUACCGCAUGUACCGCAAGACGAGGACGACGGGCUUCCCCAGUGUCAUGACCAUUUUCAGUGCCCCCAACUAUUUGGAUGUGUACAACAACAAGGCCGCCGUUUUGAAGUAUGAGAACAACGUUAUGAACAUUAGGCAGUUCAACUGCACGCCUCACCCAUACUGGCUGCCUAACUUUAUGGAUGUCUUUACAUGGUCGCUACCUUUCGUUGGAGAGAAGAUCACGGAUAUGCUCAUUGCUAUUCUCAACACCUGCUCCAAGGAGGAACUCGAGGAGGAGACGCCGAACUCGAUAUCUUCCGGCCCCUCGUCGCCACCGCUCUCCAGCAUGGAUCCCGAGUCCACCGAGUUCAAGCGCCGCGCCAUCAAGAACAAGAUUCUUGCCAUUGGUCGCCUCUCUCGUGUCUUCCAGGUAUUGCGUGAAGAGUCCGAGCGUGUCACGGAGCUAAAGACGGCAUCUGGUGGCAGGCUGCCCGCCGGCACGCUUAUGCUUGGCGCCGAAGGUAUCAAGCAGGCCAUCCACAGUUUCGAAGACGCCCGAAAGGUCGAUUUGCAAAACGAGCGCCUGCCGCCGACCCAGGAGGAGGUGCGCCGAUCGGAGGAAAGCAGCAGGCAGCAGGCGCUUGAGAAGGCGACCCAGGAGGCCGACAAUGACGCGGGACUCGCGACCGUCGCAAGAAGGAUUAGCAUGUAA